GUGCCUACUUUCUUACUGUCAUUUCUUCCACUACGAAACUCUGGCAUAAACUACGUCUUUCAGGUCACUCAAAAAUAGGAAGAAAACACAUUAUCUCAACAUGCGUCAAAAAAGAGCGAAGGCCUACCGUAAACUCAUGUCCCUCUACUGCACUUCCUUUGGCUUUAGGCAGCCAUAUCAGGUACUUGUCGACUCAGAAUUCUGUAAAUUCGCUAUGGAGUCAAAGGUGGAUCUUGUAAAACAGCUCAACGUCGUCUUGCAGGGCGAAGUAAAACCAAUGAUUACGCAGUGUUGCAUCCACGAACUUUAUCUCCAGGGAAAAUCACACCAACCAGCCAUCGACCUGGCCAAGACUUUCGAGCGAAGACGAUGCAACCACAGAGAAGCAAUCCCGGGGGAUGACUGCCUUUCAAGUGUCGUCGGGACCUCCAAUAAACAUCGCUAUGUGAUAGCUACACAAUCGCAGCCGCUGAGAACGAAAUUAUGGAAUAUCCCCGCCGUUCCUGUCAUACAUAUCAACCGCUCUGUGUUCGUCCUUGCGCCUUCAAGUAGCGUGACGCUAGAAGCGAAAGAAAGUAUCGAGGAACAAGCCCUCCAUCCUGCCAAGUCUGACCUACCACUUCUACCCUCCGCGCCUGAACCGCCGCGAAAGAAGAAAAAGGGACCUAAAGGCCCCAAUCCACUCAGUGUGAAAAAGAAGAAACCAGCACCAACCCCUAGUUCUUCAGGGCAAUCCCAUAACCAAAAGAAUAUGGAAACCUCAAAUAUUCAAAGUGAGGCUGCUGGGAGGAAACGGAAGGAGAACCCUAUCGACGGCGAAGUAGAGUCUAUUCAUACGAAAGAGGGCCCUGAUACAGAAUCAAGUUCGCGUGGAGAAAGGAAAAGGAAGAGACGUAGAAAGAAUGAUCACGUCCAAACGGUGCCUGUAACAUAGGUUACGGGAAAUGCGUAUGCAAAAGGCUUUCUUAAUGCUAAACUCGGGAUCAUUAUUGAACAAUGGAAGGCGAUGUAUUCAGGGGAUCCCUUCGCUCGACCUGAAUUCUAUAUUCACCACAUACCACUCAAAAAGCGCUAUGAAUUCACGAACCCCUGUAAAGCAUGAGCGUAUGAUAUCAAAAGGGGAAAAACUACGCUGACGUUUGCCACACCAGUCUGCUUUCGGCUGGUGAGAGGCUGCCCAAAUUGGGAAACUGUUGAUUGCUCAAGAAUACCCUCCUCUCAAAGGAAAUACUUGGCACGUCGUUGCGAAUAGUGACGCCCAAUCCGACACACAUUG